AUGUCUAGAUACGAGUCCAAUGAAAACAUCGUGGAUGAGGAAGAAUCGAAAGAUAAGGAGUUUAUCAAUGUGCCUGAGCCACUGGCUCUCCAUCCGCUGAAACAAAAGUGGACGUAUUGGUACUUAAACGACGAUCGGCAAGCAAGCUGGGAAGAUCGCCUUAAGCCUGUUUGCACUUUUGCCACUGUUGAAGAAUUUUGGGCUUUAUACAACAAUAUUCGUCCGCCUUCCGGACUCAAUUGCCUUUGCGAUUAUAACGUGUUCAAAGCUGGUAUACAGCCAAUGUGGGAAGUACCGGAAAAUCUAAAAGGAGGACGGUGGCUUAUCACUGUUAGUGUCUUUUCCCCAAUUUUAUUUACAUUUGUUUCCAUCCAAUGA